CCCAUCACAAGCUGCGCAGAGCUGCAGCGGAACGAGGGUGACGAUGCAAUCCCUCCGCCAACCCAUCGCCCGUGCGCUCCAGACCGCACCGAAGGGACUGACCCGGAGCGCAACCCCGGCUUGCUAUGCUACAAUUGCUGCGAAAGAUGCUCCAGGCCAGCCUACGGGAUAUGCAAAAACUGGCUUGAAUCUGCGCAUCACAAAAGACACCAAGGUCUGCGUGCAGGGCUUUACUGGCAAGCAGGGGACUUUUCACGCAACCCAGGCCAUAGAAUAUGGCACGAACAUUGUUGGCGGCACGAACCCGAAGAAGGCCGGCAGUACACAUCUCGAAAGACCUGUGGUUGCGAAUGUGGAAGAGGCAGUAAAACAACUGGGCGCCGAUGCAUCAUUGAUCUUCGUGCCUCCUCCGCUUGCUGCUGGCAGUAUCGAGGAAGCUAUCAAGGCCGAAAUCCCGCUGGUUGUCUGCAUUACUGAGGGUAUCCCACAACACGACAUGGUGCGGAUCACGGAUAUGCUCAAGACACAAGAUAAGACGAGACUGGUGGGACCAAAUUGCCCGGGUAUCAUUGCUCCUGGACAAUGCAAGAUGGGUAUCAUGCCCGGGUUCAUCCACAAGCGCGGCCGCAUCGGUAUUGUCUCUCGAUCUGGUACCCUCACCUACGAAGCCGUCAACCAGACCACACAAGCCGGCCUUGGGCAAUCUUUGGUCAUCGGUAUUGGUGGUGACCCCUUCUCCGGCACAAAUUUCAUCGACUGCUUGCGCGUCUUUCUCGCAGACGAGGACACCGACGGUAUCAUCAUGAUUGGAGAGAUCGGUGGAUCUGCGGAAGAGGAGGCUGCAGAUUUCCUGAAGCAGCACAACACAGGAGGAAAGGACGGUCAGGGCAAGCCAGUGGUCAGCUUCAUCGCUGGUAUCUCUGCGCCGCCUGGACGAAGAAUGGGACACGCUGGUGCGAUUGUUGCUGGCGGUAAGGGUGAUGCAAACAGCAAGAUCACUGCGUUGGAGGGUGCUGGUGUGACUGUAGAGAGGAGCCCUGCUGCCCUUGGAAAGACUCUGAGGGAGCAGUUUAUCAAGAGAGAUCUGCUAUAG